AUGUCUGGACGUGAGGUUCGUGAGUACACUAACCUCAGCGACCCUAAAGAUAGAAAGUAUGGGAAGGGGAAGGACAAGAUCGACGAUGAGGAUGUCACCUUCCAGCGCAUGGUAGCAAAGAUGCAGGAUGUUGCUGGUGAGCGGGGAGGCUACCUUCAUGGGCGAGGAGCAUUGGACAGUGAUGAUUUGCUUUACCUUAAAGAGCAAAUGGAGGCUGAGGAAGAUGCAGAGCGUCUCCUCCGUCGUACAGAGAAGCGGUUGCAGCACAAUAUUCACAUGCCUAGGGCAGUUCUAGCUGAUUCUGCACCUCCUAUUCCCGCGGCUCUUCGGGUCGAGCCUAGACCCAAAAGUGAUAUAAGGCAACGUGAUCUCUUGAAGAAGAUUGUCGAGAUCAAACCAAAGCGAGCAAAAGUCAGCAGCCCUCGACAAACAGCAGAGGGUGAUAGACCUAAGCAGGAACAAGAAGAUUCUAUGAGGAAAAUGUCUACGCAUGAAGGUGAAAAUGAACUGUCUCAAGGGUCUGUCAUCUUUGUGCAACCUCUGUCAAAACCAGGUGAUCCAGCGGAGGCCAAGUCGCAGAAUGCAGCUGUAAGCUUACUUGGUUUAGCGUAUGAGAGUUCGGACGAGGAAUAG